CAUUGAUAUGACGUCACUUUGCGAGGUAAACACGGCGGGCCACCAUAAGAGAGCUACGCUUAUUCCACCGGCCAUUUGCCGGCGUUAUUAGACUCAAAACACACAGGGCAAUGGCCAUGGAUACAGUAAAUCAAGAAGAGUUACUACCCGUAGAACAGUUAAGCACUGCAGACUCGCGAUCUCGGUGGCUCUCUUGGUGUCCGACUUCGGAUAGACUGCUCGAGAUAGCAGAGGCUAGAAUUCUUAAACAUUUAAAGGCACACUAUGAAAGAAAAUAUGUCCAUGUUGACAAGGGACAUAAAAUAUGGACCCUUCAUUUCAACCCAAAUGCUGACAAGACCCCUGUUGUAAUGGUACAUGGUUUUGGUGGUGGUGUAGGCCUGUGGGCUCUUAAUGUAGAUUCUCUUUCGAAGGACCGCUCCGUAUACGCAUUUGACCUACUGGGGUUUGGUCGUAGCUCAAGACCAGACUUCAGUACAGAGGCAGAUAUCGCAGAGCAAGAAUUUGUGGAAUCUAUCGAGAACUGGAGAAAAGAGCUUGGAAUUGAAAAGUUUAUACUAAUGGGUCACAGUCUGGGUGGGUUCCUCACCAGUUCCUAUGCCCUACAACACCCAGAGCAUGUUAAACACCUUGUUUUGGUUGACCCGUGGGGGUUCCCAGAGAAGCCACCUGCUGAUGAGCUAACGGGACGUAUACCUGGAUGGGUUAAAGUGCUAGGGGCUGUUCUUAGUCCCUUUAACCCCCUUGCUGGGCUAAGGGCCGCUGGGCCAUGGGGCCCAUCCCUCGUCCAGAGGUUCCGUCCAGAUUUCCAAAAAAAGUAUUCAGCAUUGUUUGAUGAUGAUACUAUACUGAACUACAUCUACCAUUGCAAUGCGCAACGCCCAAGUGGUGAGACUGCCUUCAAGUACAUGAGCAUUCCAUACGGCUGGGCCAAGUAUCCCAUGGUAAACAGAAUAGGAGAGCUUCAUCGCCAAGUACCUAUCUCAUUUAUUGUUGGUGCACGCUCAUGGGUAAACAACGAAAGUUCAUAUGAGAUCAAGAGGAUCAGGGAGGAUUCUUUUGUUGACAUCCAGGUUAUACGAGGUGCUGGGCACCAUGUUUACGCAGAUAGACCUGACUUGUUUAAUGCAACAAUGCACAAAAUUUACACAAUGGUUGACAAUAGUAAUGACAUUGAGCCUGUACAGGUCGAAUCUAGUGUAUAAUGUGAAAUUUCGGACUGUUUUAGGGUAGUGCCAAUUUCUGAGAGCUGUUCUGUUUUAUGAGAGUUAUUUUCAUCUGUUUAUCACAUUUGUAAAUAAUCUACGUCUUUUGAGGAAAGACAAUUUUUUAGUGUAAAAAUAUGGAUGGCAAGCCUCUCACAGUCAAAUCAUCAUGUAAUUAUCACCAAAAUUCUAAAGAAGGAUUUGGAUAACCAAUUAAGUCUCAGCUUUUUUCUGUCAUUUUUUAUUCUUUCCAUGUUCUGGGAAAUAUUUGCGAUUAACCAUCACAGUUGGAAAACUCUGUCUAUUUUUUUCUUAGAAUUUCUCAGAAUUUCACAGUAACAUUGUACAUUAUGUAUAUACAAUAUACAAUCCUGCAAUCCUUUACAAGAUUGCAUUGUUUUAAAAAAUAGGAAGGAAGGAAUCAUACAAGGAAUGAUUCUUUCUUUCUUUUUUUUAAAUACAGAAUUGAUUAUUUGAUUUAGUGGGUAAUUUGUUCAAAUGAAAGUUCAAUAUCUUCUUGUAGUGUCGAUGCUUUUAUUAUAAAACUACUGUAAACAUUAAUAUUUAGUAGGGUGAACAUCUUGCAGAUCAUGCAAUAUGAUAUAGUUUUAUCAGAGCUGUAGCAGAAAUAUAUUGGGACCAAUCCCAGCUACAGUCCUGUUAUAGACACAAACAUGUUGAUGCAUUUUGGUGUUGGGCACACAUAGUCAAAAAAUGCGAAAACACCAAUUGUGAAGAACCCUAAUGGAUUGCAUGGAAAAGUGCAACGCAAUGUUGCAAUGCUGUUUUCUAGAAAAGUGCUGGCACUGGACAAAAGGCAAUAGGUCAAUAUCCCCUUUGUGAAGUGUUUCACUUUUUUUUUUUCAAUUUUAUUGAAUUUAAAUUAUACUUAUUUCUAUAUCAAUAUUGCAUGAACCACCGCUAUCAAUUAAUUAUAACAUUGUUUUAUGAAGUAGAGCUAUGAUAUUUAUUAAAAUUUACUUCUAAUA